AUGGGAAAAUGCAAACCUGGUUAUUAUGCUGUAUCAGUAGGUCGCAAAAAAGGAAUUUAUCAAACUUGGGAAGAAUGUAAAGCGCAAGUUUGUAAGUUCCCAAAUGCAAGAUACAAAAAAUUUUACGAUUUAAAGCAAGCACAAAAUUAUGUUGAUGGUAAAAAAGAAGUUAUUGAGAUUGAUACUAGUAAAUAUCAAGUUUGGACUGAUGGUAGUUCAUAUGAUAAUGGUUCAAAAGAUGCUAAAGCAGGUAUUGGAGUAUAUUGGGGUCAUAAAGAUCCAAGAAAUUUAUCUGAACGUUUACCUGGAGAAGAACAAACUAAUAAUCGAGCAGAGAUUUAUGCAACAAUACGAGCUCUUGAAACAUGUAAAGAUAAGAAAAAAAAGUUAGAAAUUAUGACCGAUAGUAAAUAUGUAAUUAAAUCUGUUAACGAAUGGAUUGAAAAAUGGGAAAAAAAUGGUUGGAUUACAUAUAGAAAAGAACCUGUUAAGAAUAUUGAUCUUUUUAAAAAAUUAAAAAAAUUGAUAGAUAACAGAAUAGGAACAGUAAAUUUUAUUUAUGUUAAAGGUCAUGUUGGAAAUCAUGGUAAUGAACAAGCUGAUAAAUUAGCAAAAGAAGGCUCUCUUAAAGAGGCAAUUGAGAUUAAUGAAAUUGUAACUGACAAAAAAAUCACAGACUUUUUCAAAAAAUAA